AUGGAUUAUAGUAACUUUGGAAACAGUGCCAGUAAAAAGUUUCAAGACGAUACUCUAAACAGAGUAAGAAAAGAGCAUGAAGAAGCCUUAAAAAAGUUGCGAGAAGAGAACUUCAGUUCAAACACGUCAGAAUUGGGAAACAAGAAGCACUAUAGAGCACAGGAAAGGAUGAGUUCGCCAUUACAUAGAUUGUCUCCCACAGGUAAAUCAGACGAUAGGAAAGUGAAGAGCCCGCUAGAUGAUAAGCUAAGGAGGCAAUUAAGGGAAGGUAAUACGCGACUACCUCCUCCACCAUUUUCCAGCUACGGGAUGCCACCCACCAACCGAUCUAAUUUGGAUAGAAUAAGAAGAAGGACUAGCUCACCAGUAAGAACUGAUAAAUUUGCAUCACAAAAUGUGAUAGAUGACCAAAGAUUAGAAAUAAAAUAUUUAGAACGAAUCGUAUAUGACCAAGGCACUGUCAUUGAUAAUCUAACAUCAAGAAUAACAAGACUGGAAUCAUUCAUACUGAAUUCGAUCUCAGACAGAGGAGAUAAAAAUUUUGCCUCUCUCGAACACUCCCGCUCUUUUUCUGGGUUUCCGACCAACAAGACGUAUGGCUUACAAAUGGGUGGACUGUAUGAGAAUGAUAUGCCCUAUCGAAGAAGUAGCGACAACAUUAAUAAAGAAGGAGCAAGAGAAGAUCGAUCGUCACAAAUCCAUAUUGAAAAUGAAAGUACGGAGGAUAUACUAAAAAUAUUGUCUUCGUCUUUUCACAAUUGA